UGGAGUCUGGGAUAUAUAACAUUUGUCCUAGACCAUUGUCUCAGAGCUUCUGAUCAUGUGGCAACUUGGAAUAGUGUGUACAAUGCUGUUAGCGGCUACCGGUACCUCAGCUAUCAAGGUGUUUGGGGACUAUGAGGAGUAUUCUGACUACAAGCAUGGGGAGGGAGGGUCAGACCAUUGGCAAGGCCUCGAGUCCGACCACGUUGGGAAGGGGCGAGGAGAAAACUACCAUCACGGUCACUUCUUAGACAACUCUGGAGAGGUAUUACACGGAGACAGCAAGGCUGGUGGACACAUCAAGCACCAUGUAACUAAAGGCUACAGAGAUUUUCACCACAAGGACGAGGUUGGCCAGCUGACCAGAUACAUUGACGGUUCAGGUGACUCGGGCGACCAUCAUGGUACACAUAGCCUGCGCAACAGGUGGGGUGGUCACGCCUCAGCUGGGGUACACGGGGAUAAUCAUAAAUCAGAGUUUAAAGGUGAAAAAUCAGCUGCAGAGAAAAAGGAAUCAAAAGAAAAGAAAGAAGACUAUAAAUGGAAAAUUGGUGACUUUCUUUAUACCAAGAAGCCAACUUCUUAUGAAAAGAAGUUUUAUUCUCAUGUACCCUUACAAUAUGUUCCUUAUCCUCAUUACUUUUACUAAAGGAAUGAGUGUGCUUGAAUUUUUAUAGUAAUAAAACCAACAACAAUUUUCUAAUAAUAAUAAAGAAAAUCUACAAAUUA